UUCCUCAUCACCACCACUUUUUGACAACACUUUCUCUCAAGCAAAGAAGUGUUGUGUUGGUCUUCUCUUUUUGUCCCGAAAACCCUCUAACUUUUUUUCAUUUGCAUUACUUUCAAACUUUAAGUGAAGCAAAAAAUGGCAAUCAGAAAAACAAACAAGCUGCCACAAACUGCAGUCCUAAAGCAAAUCUUGAAAAAAUGUUCGAGUUUGGGGAAGAAACAUGGCUAUAACGAUGAAGAUGGUCUUCCCCUUGACGUACCCAAAGGGCAUUUUGCUGUUUAUGUUGGAGAGAACCGAACUCGAUACAUUAUACCAAUUUCAUUCUUAACUCACCCUGAGUUUCAGUGCCUCUUACGACGCGCUGAAGAAGAAUUUGGCUUUGAUCAUGACAUGGGUAUCACUAUUCCAUGUGAAGAAGUUGUUUUCCGAUCACUAACUUCUAUGCUUCGAUAGAGAAUUGAAUUAAAGAGAAAGCAAGGGAAAGUGAAUAGUAGUAGUGAUAGGUUUUGGGUGAAGAAGAUGGGUUUAAGAUGAAGCAAUUCUGUUGAAUUGUUUCUCUUUUUUCAACGUCUUUCUUCACUCUAGUUCUUAUUUUUAUUUUUAUUUUUUAUGUUUAGUGACAUCCUCUAACACGACCAAAAAUGGCCAGGAAUUAUUUUGGUUCUUUUUAUGGGUCAGAUUUGUAAAGAAGAAGAGAUUGGAGCUUUUUCCUUGCAGUGGAUGGUGUUUUUCUUACACCCUGUGAGAGAAGUUAUUAAUGUUAAGCAAAGAUCAAUUUGCCUCGUUUA